AUGAUUUGGAUUUGGGCACUUUUCGUAUCGGUCGCGGUUGCCAGUGUGGAGGACUUGGUUGGUACUUGGACGACCAAGUCCCACGAUGUGUUAACUGGUCCAGGAUUUUAUGAUCCGUUGAAGGACAGAUUUCUCGAACCAAAUCUGACCGGUAUCUCCUACUCAUUCGAUGCGGAUGGACACUAUGAAGAGGCGUUUUAUCGGGCAAUAGCCAACCCGGUUGAUCCGUCUUGCCCCGCUGGGAUCAUGCAAUGGCAACAUGGGUCCUAUGUCAUGUCUAGCGAUGGGAGAUUGACUUUGACCCCAAUCGCAGUCGACGGUCGUCAAUUACUGUCGGAACCAUGCAAGCGUGAUACAGGCCAAUAUACUCGUUACAAUAACACCGAGUAUUUCAAGGGCUUUGCGACUUCGAUGGAUCGAUACCAUGGCGUUCAGCGACUCGAUCUCACCCAGGCCGAUGGAAAAAUCAUGCACCCCAUGUACUUGGCCUACCGACCCCCAAGAAUGCUUCCUACCAAUACAUUGAAUCCAAAUCCAACUGGCUCGCACAAAAAGAGAGAACUAUCUGGAUCUGGGCUACAUACUCGAUUUAAUACGAUCAUUAAGGAAGAGCUUCUGAGUCCUGAUCGAUGGUGGUGGUUGGGGGUUCUGAUGACUUCGGUCGGUGGUAUGGCUUUUUUCUUUUCCUAA